CGCCACGCCCCUCGGCCCCGCGCCGCCCCGCCCCGCCUGCGCCCGGAGCAUCUCGCGUCCCCUGCAGGCCCCGGGGCAGCCUUCCGCGGUCGCCAUGACGGCGGCCGUGUUCUUCGGCUGCGCCUUCAUUGCCUUCGGGCCAGCCCUCGCCCUCUACAUCUUCACCAUCGCCACCGAGUCGUUGCGCAUCAUCUUCCUCAUCGCCGGAGCUUUCUUCUGGUUGGUGUCUCUACUGUUUUCAUCCCUUGUUUGGUUCGUGGCAAGAGCCAUUGCUGACAACAGAGAAGGACCAAUACAGAAAUAUCUGCUGAUCUUUGGAGUAUUGGUCUCAGUCUUUAUCCAAGAACUGUUCCGGUUUGCAUAUUAUAAACUUUUAAAAAAAGCCAGUGAGGGUUUGAAGAGUGUAAACCCAAGUGAUACAGCACCCUCUAUGCAAUUACUGGCCUAUGUUUCUGGCUUGGGCUUUGGAAUCAUGAGUGGAGUAUUUUCCUUUGUGAAUACCCUGUCUGACUCCCUGGGGCCAGGUACAGUGGGCAUUCAUGGAGAUUCUCCUCAGUUCUUCCUUAAUUCAGCUUUCAUGACGCUGGUUAUCAUAUUGCUGCACACCUUCUGGGGCAUUAUAUUUUUUGAUGGCUGUGAGAAGAAAAACUGGUACAUCCUUCUUAUUGUUCUCCUGACCCAUCUGCUCGUGUCAGCCCAGACCUUCAUAAGUCCUCACUAUGGACUCAAUCUGGUGUCAGCAUACGUGAUCAUGGUGCUCAUGGGCAUCUGGGCAUUCUUUGUUGCUGGAGGCAGCUGCCGAACCCUGAAACUCUGCCUGCUCUGCCAAGACAAGGACUUUCUUCUUUACAGCCAGCGCUCCAGAUAACCUCGGGGAUAACCAGUACCUCCCAAGCUGCAGGCUGUCUUUAGAGGAAGCACAAUUGUGCCUUUUUCUAAAAAUCUCUCUUUCCGGUGAAAUUGAGAAAACACACAACUCUCUAGAUACGAGUCCCCUUGUGUGGCUUUCGUGCAGCAGCGCUCGAAAGGGCUGCGUCAGUGCUGUGCAUCCUGGCUGCACGUUAGACUCGCCUGGGGAAUGCUGAUUCCAGGCUUCCCCCUCCAGGUGUAACUGGCCUGGGCAUUUGGUAAGUUCUGCAAGCUGCUCGGGUGAUUCUGGUGUGCAUCCAGGCUGAGAACCACUGUCCAAAUGGGAACUUCCCGAGAACACCAUAAGUGAAUGGGAAUCUGGUGUUUAACUGUCUCCUAACUCAGCUUGUGCUGAGCAAGUCAGUACCUGAAUGUAGGAUCCUGGUUAGCCUUUGCCUUUUAAGUUCUGAGGUCACAAGAGGCUAAAGGGCUAUCACCUCUGUAAAUUGUUUCAUGUACUUCACUAGGACAUGGUAGGCUCUGCUUCCAAAUGCAAUAAUAAAUGACACUGGCUUACUCUGAUAAUUUAGCCAAAGUAAGAUAUUGAUUAAUGAAAUUUUUCUAUUCUAGGUUUUGGUUUUUUAGUACAGAUUCCAUUUCUUUAAAAACAAUAUUUUCUGACUUCCUUGGGGAAGUAUUCUAAAAUGCAAGACUUUUCUGCAACAUCUGUAUUUCCCUGUUUAAAACUUUUCAUGGUCUCUACCGCAAGGCCGUUGGCCACAGUGUUCAGCAUGUGAGUGCUAGCUGCUGGGCUCGUUGAGGUGAAGCUCAUUGUUUUAUCUCUGAGCAGCUGUGCAGGGAGCUGAGCCGUGUGCCCUGGGACAGGCUUCACUGGAGCUGGUGGAAGUGUAACCAAAAGCACGAGGAAGGCAAACCCAAAGGGUAUUGUUGACGCUUUUCAUUUGCUCCUGUGAUACUAAACAGCACUUUCACCCAAAUGGUAUAGUGUAAAAUUGAAACUAUAUCUUAAACUGCCAAAUCUCAUGCUAUUACAUAAUCCAUAUAAUCUUUAAGUCUCAUAAAUGUCCCUGGGCUUUGGUAGCAGAUCUAGCAUUCCCUUUAUAAGAAUACCCAGCAUAUUCAUUCAGCUUCUAAAUAACCCUUUUGAUUUCCAUUAUAAAGAGGAAAUGCCAUUGAAUUGUGCCUUUACUAACUAGAAAUCGUUCCCAGUCGAUGUCUUUGGGGAGCUGGUAGUGUGAAAUAGAAAUCACCUAUACAUUAAAGUGAUACCUUGGUGAAUCCCACAUGUGCAGUGGGAUUCAAAAGAGAUAGCAGCAAUGGGGCCCCACAGUGGCAGGACAGGUGUUUUUGACAGUGUGGUGGUGAGGAGAAUAGUGGACAUACUUAGAACAGAAAGGUGGCCAGUGUUUACGGCUAGGCGCACAUCAUUCCAAGACCAAAGCCUUACACACAACUAGUCCUUUAUCAAUAUCAGUGCUCCCUCCCCAUGUUUAAAAUACUAGAAUAUCUCAAUCUAGAGAUUCAAGAGGAUUAGGGCUCCUUGCAAGGCUAUAAACAGUCUGAUAAGCAGUUGUGGUUAUUCCCUUAAAGGUUAUGUCAGCACUAUUGCCAGCGCUUCCGCUGACAUCUGCAACUUCCCAGCUUUUCCUUUAACUGAAAAAGUCAAGGACAUGGAGACAACAUGAAAUUCCCCACGCAGAGUCGAGGGGAGUAAGAUACUCAUUGAACUGGCAUUUACUAUUAUUGAAACAUGAUGUUCUUUGAUGAAUAGAAUAAGAAAAAUAGAUAGUUGCUUAUUACUGUUGACUUACAAGUCUCUUAAAUGGGUAUUCUGAUCAAAUACUUGUUGAUUUGCAAAGUGUGAAAAACCUGAGAUUAUUAUAUUAAUAUUACUGAUACUUGAGCUUUGUAGGUAUUUUCUGCACACUAUUGUAAAAUCUCAUUUAUAGGAACUUAGAAGAAACUUUUCUUUGAUGGUGAGACUGUUGUCUUAGUAGAGGAAAUUGUCUAAUAUUCUUUCACUACCUGUGAUGGAAGGAACUUUGUAACCCUGAUUUCUCUUAGAAUGUGAGCCUUGCCAAAGUCGGCUUCGGCAAGGAAGCCCAGGGCAAGGGUAUAGUCUUCCUCUGUUGCUAUGUAUAGAUUGCAAAAAAAAAAAAAAAGUGUUUCGUUUGUUAUCUAUAAUGAGCUUUCUGAGUGCUGACGACAUUGCAGAGGAUGAGGUGGUGUUGCUGUUGUAUGCUGUCCUCCACGCAGGACUUCCUGUUUGGUAGAUAGAGUUUGACCUUAGAAUUGUGAAUAUUGUUGCAGUGCUCGAAUAUGUUGCCAGGUGGAUGAUAUUGAUUUUGUUCUCUAAUACAAACUGUAUUUAUUUUUAACUCAUUUGAAUCAGUAGUUGUAACUGGAGAAAUUUUGUUACCUCUCUCCUGGCCUGCUUGUCUGGCAGUAUAGUAGCAGCAGCAUCUUUUAGUAGAGCAUCUUAAUGAAAACAUGGCUGAAAUGAAUUAAUGAUGAUUAUCUGCAGACUGCAUAGAAAAUUGCUUUUGUUCCCGGUGUUAAUAUUUUUACUCUCAGGCCCAUUUCAGCGUUUGCUGAGAGUGACAGAUCACCCCAGAAUGCUAACUGCUCAUAUCCAUAGAGAGGAUGCAAUAUAAGCAGUUGUGACAGUAGCUCCCUCCUACCUGGUAUUCUGCCCGAUCACCUCAGCCCAGCCCGCAAACAGGCAUCGGCAGUCAGUGUGGGCCCGGGUGCUUGGCUGGCCGACCAGCCAGGGUGGCAGCCUGUCGUGGGCAUCAGUGGCCUGCUUCCUGGAAAGAGCUCCGUGAGGGUGUUUGGCUUUUUGUUAGCUAAGUUUUUUCUGGGCCCCACCAUUCCUAACUCCAGGUAGGCGAUGUAGAUGUCACACAAAACAAUUUUGAAGUGCUUUGCUUAGAGCAUUUUGUUUAUGAUUGCAAUGUUUACAUUUCUUAUUUAAUAAGAAAUUUUAUUUCAUUCUAUUAAAUAUUAGUAUUUAGAAGAGGUAGAUACUGUCUCUAAAAUAUGUUACAUUUUAUAUAAGUUAUACUGUUACAUAUACUUGCAAUAUCAGACCUUGCAUUCAACACACAAUGCAAUAGACUCUUUCCAGACCUGUAUUUUUCCGUGAACAAUAAAAAGAUUGUUUGGCACACUA